CAGUACGUAACUCAAUAUGUUUAAUACUUAUAUUAUGUUUAAUAUUUACUGUGAUUUUAAUUUGUUAUUUUUACUUGAAUUACCGAUUUAAUUGGGUUUAUAUUAAGUGAUUCAUACUUCUUAAAUGCCAAUUAAUCUGCAGUAAUGUUAUCUCGCGCGAUUUCACAGAUAUGUCGCGAUAUUUCUCAUGGUAUCAGCAUUCGAAUAUUGCGGGACAUCGCUUUUUUGCGCAUUUGUUAGCGGUGGAAUUUGCAAACAUGGCAUCGCGUUACGGAGUAGUGUUAUGUCGUGGAAUGUCAGAAAAGAAUGAUUCCCAAGAGAUUUUCGUUGAAACCUUUAAAACUGCAGGUUACACGUGCAACUGUUUGCCUACUUUAACUUUUAAGUUCGUGAAUAUGUUAGAACUACAAACAUGUCUCCAUUCGCCGGACUCGUAUCAGGGACUUAUACUGACAAGUAAACGCGCAGUCGAGGCAAUCGAUCUCAUAUCUAAGGAGAACGACAAGAUUUUGCUGCCUUGGAAAACAUUGCCUGUAUAUUGUGUAGGGCCUGCAACCGAAUCUUUUGCUAGAAGUCAUUUAGGUUCUGAGAACUGUUUUGGUAGGGAAACUGGAAAUGCUAAAGAGUUAGCUGAGUUAUUAGUUGCAACUGUUAAGAAAGGGUCAAAACCCCUGCUAUACCCUUGCAGCGAAAUUGGUAGAGAGACAAUCGAGAAAACACUCACAGAACACAAUAUAGAAGUCACUAAGAUAGUUGUGUAUAGAACUGUGCCUAGCGAAACGCUAGAGCAUGAUUUGUCAGAAUUUUUGGAUAAUGUAUCUAGGAUAUUUGUCUUCUUCAGUCCUUCUACUGUGGAAUUUGUAGUGACUAUAUUAAAGAAAAAAUCUUAUAACAUGAACAAUGUAAAGGCAGCUGCUAUUGGACCCGUGACCAAGCAAGCACUGUUGCAGGCUGAUUUAGCUGUUUUUGCCACUGCGGACAAACCUGACUCAAAUUCUUUGUUAGAAGCUAUUUUGAAUGCUGAGAGAAGUGAAAUUGCAUGAGAGACUAUGUAAAGAAAUUACAGAAAUGAUGUAUAUGUGGUUUAUUGUUAUCAUAUGUAACAAUAUGAAUUUGUUUAAUCCAUUAAGGUUAUACUAAAUUAAUUCUUUACAUUGUUAACUAUUUUUACAUUUACACCAAAAUUAUACAUUGUAUUGUCUCAAUGUAUUAGAAUUUUUAUUAAUAUUUUGUUGUGUUUAUAUUUGCCAUAUCAUAUAUUAAGUGAUUUAUUUGAGCUUUGGUAGGAAAAAUGUUAAAUCAAAUGUAUUAAAGGGUUGAUAAUUGCGAAUUUUAUUUUUGUUCCAACAAUAAAUACAGUUUCCUAAACGGACACAUUAAAAAAAUAGGC